AUGAGGUGGCCGUGCGAGUGCCUGAAGACGAGUUUCGCCAGCAAGAAGCCGCCGGUGGCCCCUGUUCCUCUCAAAGUGAUUGCGUGUGGCAGGGAGUUCAUUAUGUCUGUUGACCCGGCAACCUCCCUCAAUUCAGUGCGUCACGGUGUGGCAGAGAUGGCGGUUCCAAAUGCAUCACGCAACAGCGCUGUGCCUGCUCUCUUUCUGGACGACAAGCCCCUGGAAGGAGGCAUGAGGGUGGAACAGCUGCCGAACGGCGCGGUUCUCCACCUGCAUUUCGGCACAGAUGCCGCACGACAAUUCCAAGACGACGGGGCGAAAGGGCGAUCCGCCUCUAGCUUCAUUUCACCGCCCAGUGUGGCCGCAAAUUCCAACCGCACUUCGUUGUCGUUUUCAAAUUUGGCCGUUAUGAGGCUGGUUGCCACUCCACUGUCUGCCUCUAUUGCACUCAUUUCCCCGGAGUUGCCACAGCAUCGGGAUGUUUCUUUUUUGAGAACCUCGCCUGAUUUCUCCCACGCCGUGCAACAGUGGUCAUUGGUGCUGCCGCACAAUGGAAUAAGAACCACGGCGCCAGCGGCAGCGGUGCCGGUGCUAUCGUCGUCGCCAUCCCCAGAUCCAGUCGAGGUCCGGAGCCAACGUUUGCUCCGUGAAGGACGGAGUAUCCCGAGUCUUGAGAGGCCCGAUCCGCGGGCCGUGUCGGAUGACUACGUGGUGAUAGUCGUCGGAGGCCAAACAGCUGCUGCCAUCCCAGGGGAGAAGGAAGACAAGGAAGAGAAGGUAGGUGGUGCAGUCACAUGCGCCGCUUCUUAUUUGGCAUCUUCUGAAAUAACCGCCUCAUUCCGCCGACUGCGUGUUUGUCGUGGGUAUCCCGUCGGAACGCUGCGAGAGCUUUUUGCUCCACACCCGUCGCAACGCAUAUUUAUGGGCGACACUGCCAUUGACGAUGAGCGUCUGACGUUUGAGGCGUUGGGUGCUGGGCAAUUGCAACGCUUCAGCUUCCGCUCGGAAUUGCCAAUAAAGAAGAAAUUGAGCGAAGAAAGUGUCGUUAAAACCUCAAAGAAGGACGAGAUGAAAAAGAACAAGGGUGCCGAUGAUGCGGCUGCUUUGUUGCGAGUGGGAGCCUUGACGGAAUGCGGUGGCGGGGGAAUAGAAUGCGACAAAAUACCCGUUGCCGCUGAUAAGGAGAGGAGCGUCUCGACGACGCGUGGAGGCGAGCGGGAGGAAAGGAGCAGCACUGACGCGGGCAAGAAGCGUGCUGCGAGGAAGAAAAGGGGCGGUAAUGGUUCCAGUAAACCCAGGCCGGCGAGCAAGGUGCAUAGUUUCGAUAUGGGUGCGGACGGGGAGGGGGCACGAUUGCCAAGAAAAUAUCCCGUCCUCGUGGGACGCAUUGACGCUGCUGAUGGGAGGAUGAACAUGACUGGGCCUGGCUGGGAGUCGGGCAGUCGGGGUGGCGAUUUAUCGCCGUCUCCGCAGUCGCUACGUGGCUAUGGGAGCAACAAAGAGGAAGAGGUGGGAACGGUGGUGCGCCUUGCCGAGAACGAAUCGGUGCGAUCCCCAAAUUGUUUCGUCCCGUUGAAGGCUGGGCCAUUAAGCGAUGAUAAGGUCCGGGAGGAAAUUUACAGGCAGCGGCUCCCAACACCGCCAUCGUCAAUCUCACCGCCCCUCCAAUUGCCAAAUGUUGUUUUAAUGCAUGAAGGGGAUGAGGCGAAGAGGCCCGUUUUGAAAUCUAUCCUGUGUAACGUAACGCGUGCGCCGCAUGGUGGGAGAAAAUCCGUCGUCGAGGGGCAUUUUCAGCGAAAGGAGAGUUUGUGGUCAGCCGCUGGCUCGGAAAAUUUGCCGCUGUUUGCACAAAGGCCACCGCACAAAUGGGAGGAGACGGAGCCGAAUGGGAGAGGAACCUUUUCUUCUGGGGUUGAUUAUACAGGCGGAAUGCCCGCCGCGGGGGGGAACCUGCCUUUUCGUCCUGCGUCGAUUCUUUUAACGGGGUCUUUUCUGAAACGAAGCCGUGGCCUCGCAUCCCUUCCUGGCGGCGCGACUGGUGGCUACUGCCGCCAUCGCCAGGGGAGCGACCCCACAGCGGGGGUCCGGGGUGGCGAGAGGGACAGGGUCUUCUAG